AUGCUCUCCCAGAUCGAGCUCGAGGAUCGGGGGGAGGUGGCACUUUCUGAGGAGGACCGGCAGUGGUGGCAGAAGCAUUUUCCUGAACUACCACAUCCUGUUCUUCAACACAUGGCUGGACAGAGCCAAGAUCCAACUACAACGCCCUGGAACCGGAGAAUUCGGAGGGCACACCUCACUGGAAAGGGGGUCAUUGUGCACCUAUUCAGUGGUCCUGAUGUGAAGAAGUGGAAUUGUGUUGGCGGAGGAGCAUACUCUUGGCUGUGCAUUGACACGGAGAUCAACUCCUCAUUGAACCUGCACAACCCGGCCGUUUGGGGCUAUUUGUGGAAGCUGGCGUCUUUGGGACGCAUCGUUGCAAUUGUUGGAGGUCCUCCCUGCAGGACCGUGAGUCGCCUUCGAAACCGGUCACCACCAGGACCUCGUCGCCUUCGUGGUCGAGGAGAAGAUCGCUGGUGCCUCAAUGACCUCUCGGAGGAGGAACUUCGCCUGGUUCAUGGCGAUACAGCUUUGUGCAUGAAGCACAUGGGUCUAUGGAUCCGAGCUCAAGAAUGCCGCAGAACAUCGACGAAUGUUGGCAUGCUGUUGGAAUCACCGCGAGAUCCUGCUGAAUAUCUUGCCGGUGAAGAAGGUGGGCAAAGCGCUUCUUUCUGGUGCUUCCCGGAGCUGAUGGCUUGGGUUGGAACUGCUGGCCUUCGCUUGGUCACUUUCGAUCAAGGAAAGCUGGGUCACCAGAGGAAAAAACCUACGACAGUUUUGACUAACCUUCCUGCCUUCCAAGAACUACAUGGCCUCCAAGGCGAUGGUUGUGAUGACAGACCACUCCCGUCGAACCUCGGUGACCGCAUUCGCACUUCGAAGACCUGGGCAGCAUGGGCACCAGGCCUUGUGGGAGCGAUUCAAGAAGCUUUGAGGAGGUUGCUUGGCGUUUUGGAGGAGGAAAAGGGGGCUGGAGGUGGUCGCCAUGUCUCCAAAAUGGACCUUGCAGCUUGGCAUCGACAUAUCAAACAGGGUCACAUCCCCUUUCGUGCUGACUGCCGCAUUUGUGGGGAAGCUAUGGGCUGCGACAAACCACACAAGAGGCUUGGGGGGAGCGCCACGAAGUUCACUAUGUCAGCCGACCUUUGUGGACCGUUUCCUGAAGGGAAAGAUUUGGGCACAGGAGUCAUUUGCAAGUACGCACUGGUCUCAACUGUGGCCGUCCCCAUCAUCUCUGAGCUUCCAGGUGAGGUUACUGAGCCAUGCGACACCGCCAAGGAUGUGGAGCGCACGGAGGAGAUUCCCUGCGAGCCAGAAGACCGUGACCUAGUCCCUGAAGAUGAAGUCCGGAGGCUCAACGAAAUGGCUGAGAUUGAGAAGUCUCAAGAACCUCAAGGACAUCAAAAUGUCACCCUGGCUGAAGUGAUCCCUGAUCGCACGGUGGAGUCACUGGUCCGUGCUUUGUCCCGCUUGCACGCCAAGUACCGCAUGCUGGGCAUCCAGGUCUACAGAUUGCACACAGAUCGUGAACGAUCAUUUGCUUCAGCACCAAUUCAGAAGUGGUGUGAACAGCGACAGAUUCGCUUGACUAUGACGGCUGGCGAUGAUUCCAAGGCCAAUGGCCGUGUUGAAGGAGAAGUGAACCAACUCAAGCGCCGCACCAGGUUGUUCCUUCAUGAUGCUGGACUACCUCACUCCUUCUGGCCAGUUGCCCUUCGCCAUGCUGCCGAACAGCGUGUUCGACUACAACUUGAACGACUCGGGCUGGAAAGUCCUCCUAUGCUUCGAUUCGGAGCAUCAGUUUUGGUCAAAUCCAAACGAUGGCAUCGUGCAGGUCAGCUCUCUAUGCCAUACCGAACUAUGCAACUCCUUGGUCCCUGCCCAUACAUGUCGCAUGGCUGGAUUGUCCGGGACAAGAAGGGCCAAUUGUUGCACGUGCGCACUGCACUUGAACCAUCGCCGGUAGCCGAUCAGGCGAUCAUGGAACUCCAAGAGGUGCCUGCCGUGAAGCAUCGCAUCACUGGAAAACACCCACCUCCACUACCUGACCAUCCACUGGCUGGCCGCGUGGGAGCGCUCUAUGAGAAGCUUGAGCCACAGGGGGAGUUGGAGGAGGUGAAUGGUGGCCACGAACUACAUGAUAAGGUUGAACCUGGUGAUGAACUUUUGCACCAUGACCUUCAGGGGGAGGUCGAAGAUCCACUGCUGUGUGAUUGGCAGCAGGUGGAAAAGUGGCAUGAGCUAGAACAACGGCGACACUGGGCGCUCAAACAGCUUUGGUGUCAAGGCCUUCGUGAAGUUGCAGUUGGUGAGAACUCCGGCAGUGUCCAUGGCAGCUGGCUUCAUGAAGUUGAACUACUCCUCAAGGGUGCUGAAGAUCAACUGUCGUUUCAGCACUCUGCAAUCGAGAACUUCAAGCUGUCGGCAUUGGCUCCAUCAAUGGGAACCCCAGAUGCUCCAGCAACAGUGCUUCAGACCUAUACGGUCUCACUACAGCAAGUUCGCAGGGAAUUGGAAAAAUGGAAACCUCCUCUGCGUGAUGAAUAUAGGCAGCUGGUGUCCUCAACUCAGGCAAUCAAGCCUACUACAGAGGAAAAGUUGCGCCUGGAUCCAAGGUUUCCCACCAUGGAGCUGGCUCCAGCGAUGCUUGUUCCUACAGUCAAAAGUCCUCAUGGACGUCUUCGAGCUCGGGUGGUCAUUUGUGGAAACCAUCUCACCAAGGUCAAUGAAGAGAGCAACAACUCUGCAGGUGAGACUCAGCCCAAGGACUCAAACCCGUUCUCGCUCUAUGCAGGUGGAGCAGAUGGAACUACGUUGCGCUGCUUGAUGAAAUGUGCGGCUGAAAACUCGUGGUCAGUCGGCACGGUGGACAUCAAAACAGCCUUCCUUCUUGCGCCACGACCUGACGAACAGGAACGUCUGCUAGUCGCUCGUCCACCAAAGGUGUUAAUUGAAGCUGGAAUUUGCGACGCUGCGGAACUUUGGGAGAUCUCGCAUGCCGUCUACGGGCUGAACGAUGCUCCAGCAAAUUGGUCGCAGUACCGUGACCGUGAACUACCUCAACUGCGCUUCUCGGCAGGAGGUCAUGACUACCAGCUGGUGUCCACACCGGAGCCAAACCUUUGGAAGUUGAUCAAAACCGACCCUGGUGCUCUUCCGCAGGAGGACAACUCUGAAGGCUUCCUCGCUGUGUACGUUGAUGACAUGCUUGUUGCUGCACCAGGUCCCUUGGCAAAGUCGGUGAUCGAUGGGAUCAGGGCUCAUUGGCGGUGUUCGGAACCAGAGUGGGCGACGGCAGAAAAGGCCAUCAAGUUUUGUGGCUUUGAGAUCAGCUGCAGCGACGAUGCGGUGAUCCUCAACCAGGCCUCAUACACUCGAGAUCUUUUGUCUCGCCAUGAAGGCAUCAAACCACGUCAAACGCCUCUUCCUUUGGGAGUUCAAGAUGAAGUUGAAGCUGAUGUGCAAAUCUCCCAAGUCCGACGAGCUCAAGCUUUGGUCGGAGAACUUCUUUGGUUGAGUGGCCGCACAAGACCAGAUCUUUGCUACGGUGUCUCCAUCAUGGGACGUUUGGUGACGAAAGCGCCGACUAAGGUUCUGGAGUGGGGUGCUCACAUGUUGGGCUACUUGCAGCGUACAGUGGACUACGAGCUUCGCUACACCAAGCAGGUGGUUGAGUCGUGCAUCGCUGUCCAAGUCAAGGUUGAUGGCUAUUCUGGGCGGCAUCAUUGGCAUGGCGGCAUGGAACCCUUCGCAGGAAAGUCACAAGGUCCACCUCCAGUUGAUGACACGCUGGAACCACCCCAACGACGGGCGACUUUGGAUUCGGUGGCAGAGAACUCCACUGGUACUCCAUCGUCUGAACAGGUGGAAUUUCCGACGGCCAAUGUGACCUGGGUGAGAACUGAAGUGCAUUCGGUGAGGAGGACUUCAUCGUCAUCGUCCUCUGCACCUUCACAGACCUCUCCCAGCACAAGGUCCAGUGCGACUGGAUCUACGGCAGCGGCUCGGGGCUCAGACGCCAUUGAUGCUGGCGUGACCCUUGGCUACAUGGGGCGACUUGGCGGCUACCUCUCUCGCGGGGAGAACCUGCGAUCUGGGCCGGCGUCGAGCGCCACAGAAAGUGAAAGUGAAAGGGAAGAUUGGAGGAGGAAUUUAGAUGUGAGCUCAACCAGCUCAGUUCAGGGGCACGAAACGACACUACCUCCUGGACUUCCUCCUCUACACGAACACUUGGAUGAGGUGCCACAAUGGAUGGGCAUUGUGAGCCAACUCCCAGUGAGGCAGCGUGGUGUGCCGGGUCAAAGUGACCAUUUGAGGCAUCCUGAUUCGGAUUCAGACGGUAAUGUGGAUAGUUUGGACAUCGAUGAGCACCAGAGCAUAUGGCUUGCCAACUCCGUCUCCACGGUGAAAGAUGAUGAGCACACACGGGAUGAAGUCAGGUUGGCAGGGGAAGUGCUCGAAGUCGACUCCGAGUAUCGAAAGCCGCUGGAUUUGGUGAGGCAACACGCUCGCGAGCGCUGGAAUUUGCAGCUGGAGGAUUUGAUUGUCCUGACCUCCAGUGGCAACGUGCUGAGUGCGGAGUCCCGCGAAGAGGACGCCUUAGAUGUCUACUUCUUCACCAAGCAAUGCCUGGAAACACAGGCGGAGGUGAUCCCUGAGCGCCUCGACGCCAAGGACCCCAGCCUUGCCAGCUUCGGCGGCGCCGAGGAGCAGGAUGAUGUGCUUGGCCAGCGCUGUGAAGAUGUCAUCGAUCCUGCCUUCGAAGCUUUUCGCAGCAACAUUGCAGAGGUGCGUGCUCGCAUCGCUGAGUCAAGACCGGUCUCUGCUUUGGCCUCGCGAUGCGAGCAGCGCGUCAUCGCCCAGCGUGCUGCUGCCCGAGCGGUGCUGGAAAACCUCAAGAGCCACCGAGCAGCGUGCAGUCGCUCCAUUUCCUUGCUUGUACAGAAGAGCAACCGGGUUCAAGUGAAGCUGUCGGAUUGUUUGGAGAAGGCAGAAUCUGCCAUGAAGGCCUUGGAGUCUGUCGAGCUCCACGAAUCUUUACAAAGCGAGACUCGCCGCUGCUUGGCGGACGUGGUGCCACGGGAUCGGAUCUUGCGCUUCACUGGAGCCUUGGAGGGUGAGGGCGCUCAGCUUCUGCAACGCCUUGAGAAGUUGCAGCGCCAGGACAGUCAGCUUGAAGGGAUGUGCGAGCAGGUCGCAGAGCGGGUGGAGCAACUGAUAGAAGAGGACAGUGUAAGUACCGAGGCCAAGGCAAUCCAUGAGGAGCAGGCACGAGCGCAAAGCGAGCUACCUCGGUUGCGAGCCUUAGUGCCUUCUGCUGGUGCCGCCCCUGCAACCGUGCUUGAGGACGAGAAGCGUUCAGCGCUUCUGCGAGACAGAGUGACGACCGCCUGUGCCAAUGUGCACACCGCCUUGGACCAGCUUCAAAGCUGUUGGGACCGGCAACACCAGAUGUUUGUUCAGAGGCUACGCGAGGUGGCCUAUGUGCAGUCCAAGGUCCGCUACGUGGAAAGGCAAGCAGCCCUUUUGGAAGAAGAAGUGAAUGCACAAAGCAACCACGCCCAGCACAUCGUCCGACUGCAGAAGCUACCAAAGGCUUACAACUCUGCCCUCCGGGAGGUGGCCUUGCGGCGACAAUUUCGCGAGCGUGGGGGGCUCAGCUGA